AUAUACAGCUGAUUUUUAUAAUUUGUCACACAAUCUGAGGGAUUUUGUGUGUAUUAGGUGUUGGUAAGCUGCAGUAAUCCCAGUCAAUAAUCAUGUCCCAUAAAAUAUCCAAGUGCCAAGUUUUGCUGCACCAACUCCCUGCAGCUGCCAUGGGGAGGGGCUGGUGUGCCAUGCCAAGCCUCGCUCAAGUGUGUGCUGAUGCUGGCAGUGUGAAGUGUGAAGUUUUGGAUGCUGGGACUGCCUCCUCAUCCCCCAAAGUUCCAAUGGAGAACAUCAAGGAGGAGCUGAUGGACGCAAUGGAGAUAAUAAGUGUAAAGGAAGAACCAUUCAAUUAUGAUGAAAAGGCAUGUGAGCCUCCCAGCUCUGGUUGUGGGGACCCGCCAGUCCCUCCUCCCCCGCUGUGUGUGCCCUGCAAGAGGAAAGCGCCUCAUGGGGCUCCCCAGACCCCCCAACAACCCUCAAACAAUGUGGGGGUGACAAGACAAAAGCGCAGCAGCGGCGCGUCGUCCACGGCUGGGGGAGCUACAGCAGCGGCUGGUGGCAGUGGCCACGUCUCUGCAGCAGCGGCUGGUGGCGGUGGCCACGUCUCUGCAGCAGCGGCUGGUGGCAGUGGCCACGUCAACCGACAAAUUCCUGAUAAACAUGCACGCAAGAGAACAUAUCACUGUGCUGAUUGUGAUUAU